AUCGAAAAAACCGAUGGAUGAGAGAAAAGAAAGGAAAGAAAAAAAAAGGCAAAGUAGAGCUUAACACAUCUGCCCCGCGCGUCACGGUUAUAGCCCACGAAUAAAGAGAAAGAGCCGCAGAGGCGUUUGACGUAACGCUCUUCUUCUUGCUCGGCAGCCGUACUCGUAUCACGUAGGUAUACGUCAACAACGUAGUCCGACUGCAAAAGCACCCACACGCUAAGAGCAUAUAAUAUAUUAUACGUACGUAUAUGUAUAUGGAUGACGCACAGCUACACACGCGGCAUUCACAAUAUUAUAAUACAGCAUACAAAAGGCACAACGACCCGCGGCUCCGAUGAUGAUUGUAUUAAUACGAGUACUUACACCUACCUGGCAUCAAGCUCGGACAUGGCAUUAUUUUACACAAGCAUAUUAUAGUGUUAAUUAGCCAUCGGUGCAAAAACCUGAGUUAUGACCAGAUAGACACGUAAUAAACACGAGGACCAACUGAAUCGCACCUAUAAUAAUAUGAUCACGUUGACGAAGAUAUUUAUAUCCUGCACACAGCCACAUCCUGCAUGAUAGAGUUUACCACCUCAUAGUUUAUCCAUACAGGUAAUACAUAUAUAAGCACGUGGUGAAAGAGCGGUGCGAGGACGAGGCGACAUGCGUCGCGAAACGACUCGCGGCUCGCCACCACCAUCGCUCUGAGAUCGGCACUGCCACCCUGCCAUGUAACAUUGUACUACUUGCUGUGUAUUACCGAGCGACGACAGCUCGGCCCAUUGUGCGCGGCCGCAGUUCCAUCAGCCCGGCGAGCCGAGGAAGCCGGCCACCCGCUGCUACAGGACGCUGGAUCGCUGUUUUCCACCUCACGAGAUAUUUAUAAGUAUAUACGAGAAGCCUGCUGUGUGUGGUAUAACCCGUGUCCCGUGGGGCUGGGGUUUUCGUGUUCCUAUCAACUGGAUGGUGAUCGGGGGACAAUGGAAAUAUAGGCCCUGUGUGCGCUUCGUGCAAGGGGAACACGAAAACAUCGAGAGUUUGUUCGCUUGAGAAUUGAAAAAAAAGAGGUAGAUCAUAGUAUGGCCGAGUAUUGCGAGUACAUGUGGGACCCGACGCGAGGGCACACGAAUCACGCGCUCGCCCGUUGCAUUUACGAGGAGCAGCAGAGGUUCAGCGUCAAAGACAAAAAACUGGCCAUCAAGACGGUCAGAGCUUUGCUCCAGGACAUGCCUGGUGUCGAACUGAAAGAGUGCACGGACGAGUACAUCACGCGCUUCCUGCUGGCGCGGAAGUACAGGACGGAGCAAACGGCGGCGCUGAUAGCCGCCUACCAGGCACAAAUAACCCAGCGCCAGGACAUAUUUGGCAAUCUGACGGCGUGCGACCCCACGAUACAGGCAGCGCUCAGGGCUGGCAUACCCGGUGUCUUACCUGCCCGUGACAGGAAAGGCCGGUGCGUCUUGGUGGUGUUGGCCUCGCAAUGGGACUCCAUAACGAUCCCAGCUCUGGCUGUGCAGAGGGCCAUCUUCUUGGUACUGGAGACGCUGAUUCAAGACCCCAGAAACCAGCAAGCCGGUUUCGUGGCCGUGGUGGACUGGAGCGGGUUCACGCUGCGCCAGGGGGGCGCCUUGGGCGCCGGCGCCCUCCGCAACCUGAUAUCGACCCUUCGCGGCCGCUUCCCGGCGCGUUUCAAGGCCAUCCACUUCAUAUCGGCGCCGCUCUACGUCCAGGCGACCCUCGCCCUCGUCAAGCCGUUCCUCGACGACAAGACCCGAAAAAAGAUCUACCUGCACGGCAACAACCUCAGCACGCUGCACCAGCACCUGCCCCUGGACAUAUUGCCUUCGGAGCUGGGCGGGACCGGCCCGGCCUUCAAUCCUGGCCUUUGGGCCGAGCCGGUCAUACACACGGCGGUAAAGGAGGCCGAGUCGAAAAUGAAAAUCGGCAGCGACGAAGAUCCACCUCCGCGUGCCGUGGGGUCCGAAAGUGCGGGGGACGAUGUGGCGAGGCAGUCGGGGAAACGGGAGGCUGGCGAUGGUAGUGAAAGCAGGGGUGGACGCGCGUCCGGCAAAGUGGCGAUAGAAAUGAAAACCAUGCAGGUUUCGGCGAGUGACGUGGAGAUCGGUUUCGACGACGAGGAGAGGCUCAACGGUGAUGGGCUGAAGGAGCCGGCCGAGGACGGACCGCAGGAGACCGAAGAGAAACGCAAUCUCAUCUCCACCUGAGGACACGUGCCUGCGCAUAUAUAUCAUACAUACGUGUGUGUGUAUGCGCGUCCGAGGAUUAUUAUCAUUAUUACUUUACAUUGUUUUUUUUUUUCAUUAUUUUAAACGUACGCUAUCGUAUACCAUGACAUGGAAAAGUUACUUAACGGGAUGUGAUACUUUUAUUUUGAUUUCUUGAAAAUUACAGAUGUCUAUCUUACCGAUGAGUAAGGCUUUUUUUUUUUAAUUCAAGCACAAAGGCACGUUUCGAUAUUUCAAUUUUCGGAUCAACAAUUAUUGCACGCUAAACGAGUCUUGAUUAUUAUGUUUGCAUCUUGUAAGAAUCGCUUUGAUAACACAUACUUACAUUUGACAUCGGUAAGAUAGAUUUCUGUUUAACCAGUUGAUUAUUCUCGAAUAAGAUACUAAUAAAUACAAGUACUGUGAUUUAAUAAAUUCUAAAAGAAAACAUGAAUCGUUUGUGAGUAUUUGUACAUGUACAAGUAUUACUGCAAUCUCGUUCCCAUAGCUGGGGUUUUCAAAAAUCUCAAUGCCUCACGUUGUGUCACACGUAUAUUUAAGUCUAUGGUAUUUUAUAACUUGAGCGAUUUUUACGAUUGUUCCACGCAACGCGACGGAAUCGUGUCUUCCGUUUUAUAUUAUAAGGUUUAUUACCAUGUAAAUGCAUUUGAACGAGUAUAAAAUACAAAUGUAAAAUAAAUUACUUCUUUGCACGACGUGUGUCGUUGUCGUCUUUAUGAAAUUUUUCCCAAUUUUUUUUUCAACGACAAAGGUAAAAUACAGUAAAAACAAGGAAAAGAGGGUUUAUUGGAAACAGAUAAAAACAAUCACAAUUUUAUUCAUACAAAUACGUACAUAAAAUAAACUUUGUCCAAAGAAUCAAUAAAUAAACGCACGAUAUCCAUUUUAUCUGAUAAAAAUUAAACCAACAUAUACGUAUAUAUUAUUCCGUUCCAGCACAUCUAUCGCUAUACAGGUCUGUUAUGAAAAUAGAAAUUCAAUGAUGUGAAAAUAAAGUAAAAAGAAAAGCUUACAACGAUUUGUAACAUCUUAUAACAAUGU